AUGGUAUUCUUUCAAAUCUCAUUUGUAAUACUAACGUCGGCAUAUGUCGGCCUAAGUUCUGAUAUCUUUGAAAAUUUGCUUCGUAAUUGUCCGAUGUUUGCACUUUUCACAAUGGAUUCGCUUCAAAAUAGUGACGUUAGUCGAACUAUACUCGAAUUGGCUUCUACUGAAAUUCUAACCCCGAGAAUGAUUAUAACCGAAGGAAGUUAUAAUCUUUUGCCUUAUGUUGACAAGGACUUGAUAAACUUCGUGAUAGUUCCUGAGGAAAAUUUCACUGGACUUCUAAAUUUGGUGCAUGCUUGCCUGCAGCAGUUGAAUAAUGCAAAAGUGGUGUUCGUUUUACCCUCUCGUCAUUCAGUGGAAAAUAUAUGGAACUGUGUUCAAUGGUGUUGGGCACGCAAAAUCGUGAACGUCCUAGUUGCAGUACAAGGGUCUAAAGUGAAGUUCGAUUUGUAUACCUACAACCCAAUUCCUUUAAUCCAAAUAAUCGAAAUUCCCAACAAUGUAUCAUUUUCAGAACUUUUCCCAAAAGGACCAAAGAGAUUUGAUAAUUUUCCUGUACGCACUUUGAGGAAAUAUGACUUUCCAAGGACAUUUAGAUACAUCAAUUACAAAGGAGAUGAGGUGUAUGGUGGCUAUCUUUGGAAAAUAUUCUACACAUGGGCUACGAAGUAUAAUGUGCAACUUCAUUUUGAAAAUUCAUCAGGAUCGGAUGUUUUAGAUAGAACACUUGCAAGUCAAUAUAUGACGACAGAUAUCAUCGAUGUUGCUCCACACUUCGUUGGCGGCUUGCAGGGUACUGUGACAAAGACAUAUCCAGUCCUUUUUGACCGGAUUUGUAUUAUGGUUCCACAAAGUCCAAGACUUCCAUCCUAUUUGUAUUUGUAUCUGAUAUUUGACUCAUCUGUCUGGUACUGUCUAAUUUGUGGAAUGAUCUACAUAUCUUUGGCAGAAUCCAUAUAUAACAUUAUCACCCACAAUAGGUUCGACUUCGGGUUAGGGUUUUGUAAUGCCAUUUUGGGAAUGUCUUACCAGACGACCUGUCGGAGUUAUUUCAACUGUAAAUCUUUCAAAUUCAUACACGGUCAGGUGAUGUUCUUGGGGUUCAUAUUGACCAAUUUAUUUCUUUCGAAUUUAUCAAGUUUUUUAACAGCAAUCCUGUUUUAUGCUCAGAUAGAAACAUAUGAAGAUUUAGAGAAAUCUGGUUUAAGGAUCCUUGUUGAAGACGUGACAUACAAGUCCCUCGUGAAUUUGGCAGUCAUACCGUCAGAGUGGCAAAAAUUAUAUGACCCCGUGGACAGAGAAACUUUCUUUGAACACUUAUGGGGUUGGAAUAAUAGUUUCGCAUAUUCCCUGUCUUCCGAUAGAUUUAGUUUGAUGGGCUUAAUUCAGAAAAAGAGAAUUUUUCAUCAAAGUAGUAUUUGUGCACUGGAAACUAUAGCUGGUUUGUCAAUUCGGAACGAUGCUGUAUUUAUGGACUCGAUAAACAGUUUCAUUAUAAGAAUUUAUGACGUUGGCCUGUACGACAAAUAUAUUAAGGACUUAGCUUACGAAAGUAUUGAAGCAGGAAUACUGAAACCUUUUGAAAUUUACUUGGAACCUUUCAUACCGUUGAAUAUAGAACACUUCCAGUUGUCAUGGUUUUUAUUAAGUUUUGGUUAUUUAAUUGCAUUUUUAUGUUUUUUGAUUGAAUACUUAAUUCGGUUUGUAAAACAAAAAUAUGUAAACCAUCAAAAGGAAUAA